AAAAACCUCAGGGGAGGUACGUAAAAUUAACCCAACCCUUUAACCUGCGUUGCUUCAGGAACAUGCUCCGCCACUGGAAGAUAAACCCUAAAAACCAAUGGAGGGCAGUAGUAGCGAAGAACUCGCGACGUAUAGACCUCCAGAAGAAUUUGAAGAAGUGAAAAAGGACGCUCUUAUUGAACUCAAUCUUGACGAUUCGAAGGAACUCUGGCUGAUUCAAUGGCCCGUUAAUCAAGCUUCUGAUUUGAAUGGACAGCAAGUGUCUUUGAAGCUUCACCAUGAUGGACAUCUGGGUAGUUUCGAGGGUUCAUCUGGAAAAUCGUAUGAAGUGGUAAGUUUCAAGUCACAGGACCCAGAAGCGACUGUAUUCCUGUCAUCAACAUCAGAGUCCAGAAUCGCUGGGAAGAUCUCACGGCGCGUUUCUCUACUGCAUUAUCCGGAGCCCACUGAACUGAAAUCUGGUGGGUUAGCCAUUAAACAAAUGGUGCAAAGGUCUGCUGCUUCCUUGACAAAUUCAGCACAUCGUUAUACAACUCCUACGCAAAGUACAAGGACAAGAAGUUUAGGGGCUGUGAGUGGCUAUACUUCCUCUAUAUGUACUCCAAGAAACAGAAGUUCUGGGUCCGGGGAUGCAUCAAAGAGUCCAUUGAGAAGACCUGUGGAUGAGCCAGGCAGGUCCAUUGACCAUUCUGUCCAAGAUUCAGGAAAAGAACAUAGAGCUGAUGUCUCUUCUGGAUCAUUAGAACAUCCUGAGCAAAAAAAAUCGAAUAAGAAAAGGAAAUCUGAAGGUUGAAGAUGUUCUAAUUGUUAGAGACGUGGAAGAACUUCAGUUUCAGUUAUAUGUUGCAUUGACCCAAAUUGUAACUUUUUCAUGGCAACAAUUGAUCCUUCUUCACAAUGUAUCAUAUUUAUAUACCAUACCAUUUUAAGUUUGCAUCUGUUCUCCAA